GUUUUAGGAGGGAGUUUUAGGGAAAAAACAUUUUUUUUAGUGUUCCCUUUUUUGAGUAUCGUCGUUAGAAUGUAUGGUUCAAACUUCCCACCAAGAAUGGGCCCAAACCGGCCAAACAUGGGACCUGGCGGUGGUAUGGGACCAGGAGGACACAGAAUGGGACCAGCUGGCAUGGGAGGUGGAAUGGGCCCAGGCCGCAUGGACCAUGGACCAGGAUAUGGCAGAAUAGACCAUGGACCUAAUAUGGGCCUGGGGCCAGCAGCUGAUGUGGGCAAUGUGACUAAUGAUCCAAACUCGAUUCAUUGCCGCGUGUUUGUGGGCAAUCUCAACACACACCUUAUGACAAAGGAAGAUGUGGAGCGAAUAUUUUGUAACUAUGGUGUGAUCACGGGAAUCUCAAUGCACAAGGGGUAUGCCUUUGUACAGUACACAAAUCCAGGCGAUGCUCGCCGCGCAGCUGUCCUGGAGGAUGGAAAAGUCUACGCAAACAUGCGAUUAGAUGCCAAUGUUGCCAGUGAACCCAAGGGUGCCAAUGUCAGAGGUCAGAAGAGAGGAGCUGGAAAUGCAGUUAAUACACGUCAAAUUUCUGGGCCUAACAAACCUUCCUGGCAGGGUAGUGGACCACCGAAUAAGAAGGUUCGUACAGAUACCAACCCGUCCAUGAAGCGGACCUUGGUUACCAUAUCUUCCAGCACCCCGGGGGCAACUACGACGAAGGCAGUGAUCAAGAAACCAAUGACCUCUAGUGUCUCCAAAACAUCCAAACCACAGACAGCUGCGACCAAGCAAGUUGCUGGCUCCACAGCUCUUAAUACAUCUUCAGGGGAUAUAUUGAUAUGUGGAAGGUGUCGUGCCAUGUUUCCAAAUGUCCACAGAUUGGCCAUGCAUAAGAAAGUGGCCUGUGUGGUCAAGACAAACUGCAAGUGUCAGUCCCCUAGUAAUAAAGAUCUAGAGCCAUCCCCACUUAACUGUGCGAACUGUUCUCUGACCUUCUUGAAUGCCUGGGAUCUUGUCCAGCACUGUCAAGGGGAGCAUUCUCUCAACAUAUACAAAACCUCUACUCAGGCCCAAUCUGCCAGCCAGGGUGAUGUAAAGGCGAAAACUGAGGCUCCCGAGGCCGACAAAGAUCCCCUGGAUGACGUGAAUGGAGCAGAUGACAUUCACCUGGACGAGGCUCAGGAGGAGGCCCUCCUGAAUGAGGCUGAUGAAAGCGGUGCUGGCGACAAUUGAGGAGAAGAUGCCAAAGCCGCCAUACCUGGAUUUGCAUCCGGGCGCAUCGAGUCUUGUCCAGCAUGGAUUGACAGGCUGGAAUUCUUUUUUUUUUUUUUAUAUUAUUUCCGAAUGAGGAUGUAGAAAUGAAGGACCGUCAUGUGUCAAAAUUAUACUACAGCAAUGAGUAUGGUAUACAUCAGUGAACAUGCGGUCAAAUUUAUUGCAAGAUGUGGAAAUUUUCCUACAUGUAUCUGUACUCUUACAACCAGAGAAGAUAAGAUAUCUGAGGAUAACUGAAUGACCUCUCAUGAUGACCGGUCCUAAGAUCAUCUUGGCUUAGGGACCCCAUUUUACUUCUGUAUAUGAUAGAUAUGACUUGGUGAUUGCCAUAUACCAUUCGGUUUGUAUCAAUAAACAUGUAAGAUUGUCAUCUCUUACUUGUGAGGACACCCCCCCCUCCCAAAAAAAACCCAAAAAAGA